AUGUCCUCCUCCGCUUCCACCACCACCACCACGGCCCCGCCCCAAAAGCACGAAUGGCUCGUCAUCCUGCCCGACCAGCCCGACGCGCUGGACCGGCGCCUAGCCGUGCGGCAAGAACAUCUCCAAACCCUGCUCUCGCCCACCCACACCCCCCAAGACUUCUGGCUCCUCGGCGGCGCCUUCAUGGACGCGUCCGCGCCGUUCCCACCCCCCGACGGCGAGACGCCGAAAAUGGCGGGGUCGGUGAUGCUUGCGUUGGCGGAGAGUCGGGAGGAGGUGCUGGAGCGGCUGAAGGCGGAUGUGUAUGCUCGGGAGGGGGUGUGGGAGUGGGAAAAGGUGCGCAUUUACCCGUUCAAGAGCGCGAUUCGGAAGGCGCUGUAG